AUAUAUCAUCUGGGUGGAUUAAACAUUAUUAAAUGUUAAAGCUCUUUAAGCAAAAUGUUUAAAUUUAUGUCCAUAGAAAAUGUAUUGUUUUUAACUCAUUUAAACAAACAUUUACAACAUUAUUGUAAAAUGUUAACAAAAAAAAUCCUCAGUAUUUACAUCAUUUAAAGCAGAGCGUGUGUGACUAUUUAUAAUAAUAAAAACAUAAUAUGCAUAGAAAUAUAGUUUUUUUAAUAAAUUAUUCUUUAACAUGAACACAAGAGACGGCAGGACUCGAGCUGUGUUACAGCUGCUUGCGUUCACUCGGGUAAUCUGCACUCGGCCCUGUUUCCAGAAAUAACCACUGCUAUCUGGGCAUUAGCUUCAUAGUCUUAGGCGUCACACCCAUGGGCCGUUGGCUGAACGUCUGAUGCAUACUGAUCACUUAUCUGGAAACACUUCAGCGGAUUUUGAAGUCGUCCUCUGGUUGAAUUAUACAGGAUUUUAUGUUUACAUCUGUGACAAUAUGCAAAUAAACGCUGCAUGUUUAAAAGUAUGCAAGAUAUUUUAACGUGUUUGAAAUUGUUGUUAUAAACGUAUGAGACGUUUAUGAAUGAUGGUGAAUGAUGCACACCGGUCUGUCAUCUCCAAUCCCUUAAACAUGACAUUGCACAUAGCUUUAAGUGUCAGUCAUAUGGCUUCUGGGCAGCCCUUGGCCAUUUUAAGAUGAAUACUCCCUAAAAUUUGGAUUUUGGAACAAAUCGGUUUGUAGGUUGUGCAAUUUUUCAGCCAGAUAUCCAGUCUGGGCCAUGAAACGUAAUAACCUGCAGAUGGAAUGUGAUCCUUUUUCUUUUUAUCCUCACAUUCCCUCCCUCCCAUCUCCCUCCGGUCUCCUCCCUCUCUCUCGCUUUCUGCAGCACAGCCGCAUCCAUCAGCAGCCAUGUUGGUCGUCAGAAAGGUCGUCCCACAAUAAUCCAGCAUCUUUCCAAUUCUCCUUCAUCUCUCAUUUCCUAGUUGUGUUUAUUGUUUAAUGCAUUUCCCCUCCUAACCCUAUUUACCAUUUCUCUCUGUUCGUCCAUCCGUGUUCUCCAUUUUCGUUUUCUGCUUCAUCACAGCUGCCGCCUUCUCGUCCUCUUUCAGUCUGAUAGCAGAGAUGAGUGUUCAAGAGGCAGCUCUCUCUCUCUCGCUUUCUCUCUCUCGCCUCCCACCCACCGCCACAGACACGCACACAUAAAGAUGUUGUAGGAGAGUAGUAACGAUAUGCCUUCAUUCGGUUGUGCGUAUACAUACCGAAACAGACAAAGAACGGGAUGUGUGUGAGGGAUGGAGAAUAUGGGUGUGUGAAUUUAUAUUCAUAGCCGGUCGCAAUCAUCUCUCCUUUGGAGGGGGGACAUCAGAAAUAGCAGCACCCAUAUCGAUGUUAUUUAUGACCACAAUAGAAAAUAUCAAAAUCUGCCUUGCAAAAACCAAGUGUUGUUUAUGUUAUGACACCGGUUGUUGCGUCGUUGCAAAUGCAUCCACCUCGCAUGCAUGCAGAUGAUUUCCUGCAUUCCACACGGUUCUGUCGUGUUAGCGUGCCGAUCCGUUUUCCUUCCACUCUUUCAAACCAAGUGUUGUUAAUGAAGUUGCGGUUCUUUGCUAGCAUGCAGCAUCUCUUUUUCGCUGCUAAUAAUGCACCGACAGCAGUGGAGCUGCACUGUCUGACUAUUUAUAAACUCCACAGUGGGCGAACAGCUAGUCAGCGUACAGGACGAGUGAGACUUAUAGCUGGGUGCAUUGGAGCAGACUGAUGCCCCCUGCCACCUCUGGACUGGGCGUCUUACGCAGAGAGGGCACUGGGACUGGGGUGAACGAAAAGAGAGAGUGUGUGCAAGAGAGAGAGAGAGAGAGAGAGAGACAGAGCGAACGAGCAGGAUAGACUUAUAGUAGAGGCUGUGAUCGCAGCAAGUGACGAGUCAAACCUGUACCAAAACACUGUAACACCUGCGAACGAAACAUCUUUCUCCAACCAUUAGUGGAUCGCAGGAACGGUGGAGGGAAGCGAGAACGAUGUUUUCCGCUCUCCGUCCAUUGAAGCGCUUUCUCUGAUGCACUAAAAUAAAGAUGACUGUGGUCAACCCCAGCACUCUUGGCCUGAUGGACAGCUCCCAUCCCCAAGCUGUCCUCAGUCGUCUGAGUGAACAACGUUCACAGGGUCUUUUCUGUGAUGUGAUAAUCGUUGUGGAAGACGUCAAAUUUCGUGCCCACCGCAACAUACUGGCUGCCACUAGUGGAUACUUUCGUAAUGCUUUCAAAACACCUGAUGUCUACACAUCCAGCCAGGUACUGGAGCUAACAGACCUGAAAUCUGAGGUCUUUGCUAACAUCCUAAACUUUAUCUACAGUGCCAAAGUGGAUUCAAGCAGUGCAGAGGACAACAAGUCUCUAGUGGCAGCUGGCAAGCGUUUAGGAAUUCCCUUUCUGGAGAAAUUGUUGGACUGUGAAAGGCAGAGCUCUAUACUGCAAAGCCAAGGAAGAGCAAACAAUCAUUCAAAGUUGGCAGACACAUGCACACUGAAAAAAGAGACCCUCAAACCAGAGGAGUCAGACUGCUCCAAAGUCCCGAGAAUCACCAAUGCUUUCUCCAUCAAUGAGGUUGGAGCAGUAAACAACCCAUUCUCUACACUGGACCAGGGCAACAAAGUUAUAGAGGCACUGAAAGAGGGCCAUCCCCCAUCCAGCCCGCGAACUACAAGCAUAUCACCUACAGAGAGCGAGCCUGCCCAUGCUAUAUCUGAGCACUCGUAUGCAGUGAGCCAGGGGCAAGACUCAAAUGAUAUCAGAGAGCUUAGUCAAGGGAAUGAAAAUACAACUAUCCUACCUGCUGUGGUUCCAGCUAAGAGUUUAAUUAACCAAAGACUUGGCCCCUUAAAAAAGCGGCAUAUACUUGGUAAGGCCCUUCCACCCCUCACACAGGAUCUAACCACAACUGUGCCCAGCACUGGUGCUACAUCUACAGUGGAAAAGACUGCUGUUGCCCCAGUAUCUUCCUCCCAGAUGUCCUCCGAUGGAGCACCAGAGAUACAUUCCAGCCUCAAUCUAUUGCCACCACUUGAUGUUACACCCCCUCAGGACGCAGAGCCACCAUCCCUCAGUCCUCAGAAUACCACCAGUGUCCCCACCUUCUCAUGCCAGCAAUGCUCGGAGACCUUCAGCGACUCAACGCUUCUCACCAUCCACAUGCAAAUACACCGGAGAUUUGUCAGUCAUUUGUUUUGCAAGUACUGCCACAAAAAGUUUAUGCACUUGAAAAGGUUACGCAAUCAUGAGCAGGUUUGUGUGAAAUCUCUUAAAGGUCCAUCAGAAUUGGAGACAAACAAUAAAGAGUCUUCACGGGUCCCGGUCUCUAAUGAUACACAAAAUGCAAAUAACGCGCAACUCUCUUUACCUCCACCAGAUCUCCACCUCCCCUUAAGUUUGGACCCAACAUUCACCAGUCCACUCGAAAUGCCUCAGGAUCAAGUUCAUGGAACUGUAAACACUAAUAGUACUUCAAGAACAUAUAAAUGUUCUGUAUGCAAACGUGCUUACGUGACCAUCUCCAGUCUGAAAAGACAUGAGAAUGUCCACUCUUGGCAUAGAGCUUACCCUUGCCACUUCUGCAACAAAGUUUUUGCUCUGGCUGAAUACCGUACCAAACAUGAGAUCUGGCAUACCGGGGAACGUCGGUACCAGUGCAUUUUCUGCUUGGAGACCUUCUUGACCUACUACAUCCUCAAGAAUCACCAGAAGUCCUUCCAUGGCAUAGAUCCACAAAUGGCUGUGAAUAAAAAAUCAGCAAAUGGUGGACUUAAGAGCAGUGUCUAUCCCAUAAAGCUCUACAGGCUUCUCCCAAUGAAAUUCAAAAAGAAACGAUAUAAGUCUUAUAGCCAUAUGUACUCAGAGGGAAUUGAGAGCCAAGAGGAUUCCUUCAUUGCACCGCUGGGCAGCUGUUCCCCCCCUGCUCUUUUUGACAGUACAGUACCUACUGCGAAUUCAGAUGUUAUCAGCGCUCAGUCAUUAUUUUCAAUGCCAGUCACAUUUAUGGCCACUCCGAAAAUGAUGGCAACAGAAAUGCCCCGUAUAAGUUUUGACAAACCAUGUGACCAAAAUGUGGAUUUGAUGCCAUCUGAGAUAGAAAAAUCUCAAAAACACAUCUCUGCCAUCCCAGGAUUUGAUGGCAAAGGGUCACCACUCUUCAGCUAUAGAUUUACAGAUUCUUCAAAAGCAAUACAGAAAAACACAGGGUCCUCUCUUUUCACGAAUGGAAAUGACACACCCUCAACUGAGAAAACCACAGAAAACAGCACAGACAAUCUUCCAUUCCUCAACAUACCAUCUGUCUGCUCUUUUGAAGGGUUAAGCAAGCUAAGCGAACUAUCAGCAGCAGCACGAACCAUCGAAGACAUGGCCAAUCAGCUGCUGCAAGCAAGGCCUGAAAGUAUAACGCAGGAUCAAGCACCUUGUGGAAAAACAGAAACAUACAUUGCAAAGCCUGCUUGUCCUGGUCCAUCAGUUGACAGCCAGGUCCUCCCCCUCUGUCAAAUAACAGUAAAGAUUGGCAAUGAGGCGAUUGUUCGACGUAAAAUAAAAGGCUCAAAGUUGUUUCCAAAGAAGAGGAAGAGGAAAAGCUGGAGGCCAGAGGUCAUAGCUCAAAGUACUCCUGUAGAGGAUGGUGUUGGAAGCCCAAGUUUAAGGCUGAGAGCAGAAGUCAUGACGUCAGUUGCAGAAAAUGAAACAUACGAUGACCCAAAUGAACCUGAAACUGACGAACCAUGGCGUCCGUAUUACACAUAUAAACCUAAAAAGAAAGGUAAGAAACUGAGAUGCAAACAGAAGAGGAUAAAACCGAUGAGAUGCUACACCAGACCCUUGUCACCUGAAGCAAAUGAAGACUUAAGAGAAACACACUUUUAUCCAGAAAGGAAGAUCUCAGCAGAGAACUAUGGAAUCAGGAGGGAGCUAAGACCAAGCAGCCAAAAGGAAGCUUUCCCCUGCCACAGCUGUGACAGAUCUUUCGCUAGCCAGACCUCCCUCAGCAUGCACAUCAUCAGCUGCCAUCAACCAUGCUGCAGAAUAUGUGGUAAACAAUGUGCCCCUGAAGACACAUUCAGCACAGCUGGUCCCAAUGCAGAAGUCAGUGGUGACUUUAUCUGCAAGAGCUGCACAGAGGACGGCUCCUGUUUCAGCUCCGAUGCAGCGCCCCACAGCCUGAGCAGUGAAAAGCGCUACAGAUGUUUGUACUGCCCACAGCGGUUUCUUUACCUUGCCACCAAGAAAAGUCACGAGAAAAAACACUUAGAGAAGUCAGGUAAAGGAUACCAUUGCAGGUAUUGCUCAAAGAUUUGUAAAUCGGCAGUGCUGUUGGAUGUGCAUGAGAACAAGCACUUCAAGGCAAAAGAUGGAGAAGAUCCUGACAUGAAAUAUAAAAUGUCCAGUUCAUUUCCAACAGGUAAAGAGCGCAAAGGGCACAUCAAACUUGAGCCUUGGGAAAACCCAUAUACCUGCUCUGAAAUCAAGCCAAAGAUUCGGGAACCCAUGGACAGAGAGGCCGAGGGAAGUGACCCUCCACUCACCAAUAUCUACAAAACAAAAAAAUCUCUGUUGUUUCCCUAUACAGCAGACAAGUCAUUCUCUCCUCUUUCUCCAGAAAUAAAGAGGAGAACCUCUAAGAAAAAAAGCAUUUUGGAACGUUCUAAAGGAUUUGGAUUUGAGGGGCACAGACGAGAUUCUGUGGGGGCUGUGAUGUGGGGCCCACAGGACUGAGUGCACAACACAGGUACAAUCCAAACCCUAAGCCAAGAACCAAGUGUGUGUUACCAAAGGACCCUCCCUAUACAGUUGCUCAAGUCAGAGCGAAGCAUUUGUGUAAAGAGGAACCUUUUUCACACCCACAACAGGAAGGAAAUGCGUCCAGUGCUGAUGUCACAUUACACUGAAAUGAAAUGAUGUAAAUGACACGGUAGUCAGUGUGAUGUUUAAAAUGAAUCCACAGAUACGCACAGAUACAAUUAUUUGACGUUGAUUUUAAGAGAAACAGAGUAUUUUUGUUCACAGACACGAAAUACUAUUGGUAAUUUUCCAUGUUUUUCUAUGAGAAGAGAAGUGGUUUUAUUUUUAUAAGUUUUGAUUAGUCUGGGUGAUCCUCCCUAUUUCAUUGCUCAUUGUGUAUAUUAUAUCCAUCAAGUAAAAUUAACAGCUAGCAGCCUAGCACCUUAACGUUAAAUAACUGCAAAUGAUUGUACCUUUUUUGUAACAAAGCAUCAUUAGCACCAUUUCGAUUUUAAUGAUGAAAAUUGUCUUUUUGAAUGUACUUACAUUUUACCUUUCAUUUAAAUCAUAACAUUAUAAUAAAAUCAUUCAAAUUAAACACAAGUCAUGUUAGUAAAAAAUACCAUUGUUGUUAAAUGUAAAAAUGUUUGGCAUAAUAAUGAACUCUAAGUCAAGAUGCGUUAUUAAAUUGAACUUCAUUGAAUGUCUGACAUGCAUUAAAUUAUGUCGUCAUUCACAUAUUAUAUGAAUAUUUUUCCUACUGGCAUUAAGGUACAUCACAAUGUACAGACCUGUUUUCAUCCUCAUCAAAUAAAAUAUGACAACAGAGUUUCCUGCAGACAAUAAU